GGGAGUGCUGUCAGACCAUUGUGCUGACUUAGACAGGAAAUGAGAGUUUGUCGACCUACAGACGAGAUCUGGACGGGUGACAGCAGGGUGAGGCCAGGGCAUAGACCGCAGCAGAAGGGGUCUCUGUGUUACAUACACACUUUUAUGUAGACCUGAUGGAUGCCCAUAGGAAAGAAAUAUCACAGAUGAUAUUUAACAUCUCAGGUGUUUCUCACAUGUGCAACUUUCAGAAGAGCUGUCAAUAAAACAGAGCUCAGAUGUGACCGCAGACAUGGCAGCUAGAAAUGAACUCAAUAUGAACAUUUCUCAAAGGCCAAAUGAUAACUCCACAUUUAUUUUAGCCUAUAUCUCUAUACUCUUAAGGUUAGGGUUGCAAAGUGGUAUACAAUUUCUGGUAAAUAUUCCUGAAAUUUUGGAUACUUUACAGGAAUUUUUGGAAAGUUUCCAGCAAUUAACAGAAAGGCCCAUUUACGGAGCCUUGACAUGCAAGAAAAAUAAAUAAAUCGUGCACACGAUUACUAUUUCAUAAAUUUAGCAAGCUGAGGGAACAAAUUUGUAAAUUGUGUGCACAAUUUAUAAAUUAUGGAUCAUUUAUUGUGCAUUGAUGUGAACACUAUAGUUAUCAUUACAGUAAUUAUUUUUUAUGUUAACAGGCCUUUACUGAAGACAAUUGCUUUGUUUAUUUCUGAGAUACUUGAAUGAAAAAUAACUAACAGAAACCAAACAAAUUUACUUUGAAUAUUCAGCUAAAGUCUGAAAAUGUGAAAUUCAACUACUGAGGUCUUUUUUUUUUUACAUUGUUAAUGUACAUGUAUUGUUGCACAACUGAUAUUAUUUGCAAUACUAUCAUAUCUAAUAAAAUUAUUAUUUGCUGAAUAAUGAUAUUGGACAACAGUGGGUAUUCUUGUUUGGUAUCUCAGAAAUGUCAUGUUCAUGCCUGUUCCCUCUUUCCUUCAAAUAUAUUUUCUUCUUCCUGUUACGAAAAUUACUAAAUUUGGGUACAGCAAGAUCAGCAUAUGCGUAACGUGUGGGAGCAUAUCCACCCUUAUUAAUCUCUGUUUCGAUGGACGUUACUGGUUGGAUGGCCUCUGCCGACCUUGAACUGAAAGGACUGUAUAAAACGGACUGUCCCUCUAUUUCUCAGAAGGCAGGGCUUAAGAGGAAGGCUUGAUUAGAUAUGUACUGCAGGCUGGUGCAGUUGUCCUGGGUCAGGCAUGACAGAUUCAAAGACAGGCAGGGUCAAGCUUUAUGAAACGCACUGUGUGGCGCAGUAGCUCAGAUUUAUGAGGGAUGUGCAUGGAUUUCAGAGUGUGUAUUGAAGGUACUUAAUAUCUAGCAAUAUAGAAAAUAACAAGCUGCAUAAUUUGAGGUAUCAUUCACAUUGCCUUGGCUUGACUUUAUCACCGCUGUACGCGAAGAAUGCCUUGCGAUUGUUACCAGUUCAGGAGGUAGAGAGACGUCAUGCCCAUUGGAUGUCAUGCGAGUACAUGUACGUCUGUUAUUGUUCUUUUACAGCAGAAAAGUUGUGUAAGUGCCUUGUCUUUUCAAAGUGUCUGCGGCUGAUGCUGCCCUCUGUGUUACAUACUGUGUGUGUGUGUGUGUGUUAUUACAUUUCAUUAUUUUAUUAAGCCAGUUUAAACCUGGUUAAUGCAGAAUUAGACAAGAGUUUGAUGGAUGGAUAGAAGGAAGAUGUCUCAGCACUCUGUAAUUAUUUCUGUCCCUGUGGAAGUGUGCAUUGACUUACUAAUGAAAUGAAUGGAAGUUUUGUUUUAAGGGCAGCUUUGAUAACUUAAUAUGACUUUACAAUGUUCUCUACAAGCACAAAUAAACAUAAUCCGAUGACCCUUGCACUUGAUUUGUGCCCUAAACCUACAGAUAAGUAAUAUUUCAGCAGCAAGAUGUUUAUACUUGAACCCACUGUGGCUAAUUAGAUGAAAUUGAAGAAAACUACUUUCUUAACAUAAAAUUAUUUUAAAAAACUUCCUUGUACAAGUCAUCAAUAUGUGAUUUCAACUACAAUUAUGCAUGCUUGAUUUUGCGUAGAGUCAGCAAAGACAAUUCAGAUUGCAAGCUCGUAAAUCUAAAUUUUGUCAACUCAAACUCAAAAGUUAUAAAAUGCAAUUUCAGACUCAAAAUUUUGAUUGGAUCAGCUGCAUUCAUACCCGUGGUAAAAUAGCAAUGUACUAUUUAAUCAAAUAGUAAUAUUAAAAAGUAAUAGUCAUAAUAUAUAUGUAAAACAGCCUUUACUCCCGUAAGUGUAAUAAUACUUUAAAUGAUAAAAAUUAUAAUUAUUGAAAUUAAAAAUUAUUUACUAUUAUUUAUAUUAUUCAUAUAAAUUAUAAUUAUUAUUUAAUUAUUAAAUGUGGGUGUUAUAAAUUCACUGUAAAUCCCAGCACUGUGUGGCUCAGUCUUUUACUGUGGCAUUAUGGAUUCAGCAGCAAACAGUGGCGUUGAUAUUGUGUUCAUCAGUCUACUGCAGAUCUCUACCCUGUGUUAUUUAUGCAUUUAGUGUUUGAGGUUGGACUCAUUCACCCUGCGUAGCUUUGCACUCUUUCACACUGUCUUAAGGUCUUUUGUACUUUUGCUCCUGCUCAAACUAGGUCUUUUGUUCCUUCUUUUCACAAUGCAUUGCCUAAUCAGAAGAGGCAGCAUGGGAUGUGCUUUUUCAGAUGGCGGAGGUUCACAGACAGAUCCAGAUGCAGCUAGAGGACAUGCUGAAAUCAUUCCACAAUGAACUUCUCACAGAACUGGAGAAAAAAGUGGAAUUGGAUGUUCGCUACUUAAAUGCAGCUCUGAAGAAAUACCAGAUGGAACACAAAAGUAAAGGUGAGAGUCUGGAGAAGUGCCAGGCCGAGCUGAAGAAGCUGCGCAGGAAGAGUCAAGGCAGCAAGAACCCCUCCAAAUACGGAGACAAGGAGAUGCAGUACGUCGAGACCAUCAGCAGCAAACAAAAUGAGCUGGAUAAAUACAUCUCUGAGAGCUACAAGAAUGCCCUGUCCGAAGAGAGACGGAGGUAUUGCUUCCUCGUUGACCGUCAGUGUGCAGCGGCCAAAACGAGCAACGCCUACCACACCAAGGGCAGAGACUUGCUGACGCAAAAGAUCCCUUUGUGGCAACAAGCGUGUGCCGACCCAAAUAAACUCCCAGAGCGGGCAAUGCUUCUAGCUCAGCAGAUGGGCUCAGGAGCCACGGGGACGCUGGGACCCAGUGUCCACCACACCUCUAAAUCUAGCCUGACCAUCUCAGACCCCAUCCCUGGGGCCAAGCCACUUCCUGUGCCACCUGAGCUGGCAGCUCUCAUGGGGAACCAACAGACAAGGAUGAUGGGAGUAGAAGGUGUUCCCAUUGUGAAUGGCUCAGGGGUCCAUGUGGGAGAAGACUACCAACGCUGGAUGGAGACCAGAGCCGCACAUGAGAAACCGGCCCACAGACAGGGUGGAGAGACCUUCUCCAACACCCUACCUGUCCGCAAGGUUGCACCUGUAAAGCCCAAGAAUACUUUGGCAGAGACACAGACCCUCCCCAGGUCUAGCUCGAUGGCAGCUGGGUUGGAGAGAAAUGGACGGACACGUGUUCAGGCCCUCUUCUCUCACGCCGCCGGGGACAACAGCACACUCCUCAGCUUUAUGGAAGGAGACAUCAUUACACUGUUGGUGCCUGAAGCCCGGGACGGCUGGCACUACGGCGAAAACGAGAAAAACAGAAUGAGAGGCUGGUUCCCGUUCUCCUAUACCCGUGUGAUUCCUGAGCCAGACAGCAAUAAACUCCACGUCAGUUUGCAGCAUACGAGGAGCAGCAGCACAGGAAAUCUUCUGGAGAGAGAGAUGGCGUUGCCGACACCUGAUUAUGGCAUGCCCACACGCUUCCUCACCCAGCAGCAGAGCACACCACACAGCCGACAGAGACCAUACAGCAUGGCAAUGCCAGGAUUCUCACAACAAGGGUUGGAGGAGUAUGAGUCGCGAUUCCAAACGAGUGCGGAGGGCAAAUUGAUUUCGACAGUGUGAGACACCACCUUCCCCUCCGUCCACACACACUCCCCUGUCAUCCCCCUUCACUCCACCCUCAGAGGAAGAGGAUCUAGAUCCACCCUUCCCACCUUCUAGUUCCCUUAUUUUAUCCCAGUUGGAAGCAGCCUAACGGAACCGGAAUGCUGAGUAUUCCAUGUUGACCUUCCUCAUUAUACGCUCCCAUCAUGAGAAUGUUGAACUUUCUUCAGUAAACAUGUUGAAUUGUCUUUAUGUAUCUCUUGCCUGUCUUUCAUGCAUGUACUGUACAUGUCAACAAUGUAUAAAUGCAUUACAUUUUGCAUCCAGGGGUCCACGGAUUUAAAGGAAUAGUUUACAUGAAAAUUUAAAUUCUGUUGUUUACAUGAUUUAUUAUGUUUUCUUUUAUGGAACACAAAAAGACAUAUUUAUGAAAUCGAAGAAGUAUUUUUUUUUCUCCUUGCAGUGAAAGUGAAUGGUAACCAGGUUUUCUUCUAGUUUUUUUGGUCAUUUUGGAGUUUGACAUCGACUGAUCCUCAUUCACUUUCACUUGAGGGAAGAGAACAGCUCAGAAAUAAUAAUUUAUUUUUUGUUUGUUUCUGUGGAAGAUAGAAAAGUUGUUUAGGUUUGGAACAACAUGAAGGCGAGUAAAUAUAUAUCUAUUUUUUUGUUGAACAAAUAAUCUUUAAUGAAAACCAAUGUGGUAAUAUGAUUAAAGUUAUUGUUUGUAACAAUUCCAGUGGAUUUAUCCAAGUAUAAACGACUGUUAAUAAUGAAACUCGGCCGAGAAAGACCAUAUUCUGUGUUGGUAAAUUUGCAUAAAAAAUAAUAAAAAAUAAAUAAAUUAUAUAUAUAUAUAUAUAUAUAUAUAUAUAUAUAUAUAUAGUCAGGUGUUUUUAAUGAUUCCUUUUACAUUGUACAAUUGAAUGAAACUGAUGUAAACGUUCAGUGUUUUUCCAUUUCAUUGCUUAUAUCGUUGUUAUAAAAGGGUCUCCGUGAUCUCCUAAUAUCUCACCUGGAGUCCCUUCAAUGAAGUAUCUGUGUUCUAAAUGUGUCAAGUGUUGUAGAUUAGGACGGUCAAUUCUGAUGUGCAGUACACACUUGACCUUCCCUGAGUCUCAAGUGAAGAUUGCGUUUGAAAGCAUAGAAGUUGAAUCGGAACAAAUACUUUAAAUAUAAAUGACAAAAAUGGGUCGUUUCUGGAAUUCAUGGUUCAUGCAUGAAAGAAAAGACAACUGGUACCUACAUAUCCAUGUCUCACCACCAUCCACGAGUGAAGCAGUGAGAAGCUGUGUGUUAGUGAUUUGGUACAGUACAUCACUGUAACACAUGGUAACAAGCGGCUCAUUGCUUAUAUGAGUAAAAGCAGAAAGGAAUGAACAAUCUAGUUUUAGUCUAGGCCAGCUACUGUUGCCAAGAAACAUCUCUAAUUUAUUCAUGUAGAAUGUUUAGCUCAUCCAAUCAGAUUUUAGAAUCCGAACUAUCCAUUAUUUCCUCUUCUGCACUGAUGUUUGUGUUGCGAUUGUUUCAGCGAUACAUCCCUAUUAAUGAUGUGCCAAGUCUUAUUAUUAAUAUAAUCCAUGUGAUCCAGUGCCUUGUACAUAGCACACAAUAUUUGUAAGUACUAUAACUGAUAAUCAAAUUUUAAGUUGUAAUCAUGAGUAUUUCUGAUCUUUUUCUUUGACAUGGAUGCAUUGUUUCAUUUGGUUCAACAAGAUCCCUGCGGAUCCCAGUGUACAGUACAGCUUUUAGAUUCGAAACAUAUGUAAAAACAGCAAUAAUCAGAUUUGAUACCAUACUUUUCAGUUUAGUAUCAAUUUAAACAUUAUAUUUGAUGCUUAUAAUACACUUACACACCACUUGUGUGAGUUUUUUAGCCUUUUUCACAGGAGUGAAAGUUGAAGUCUUAGUUCCAGUGUUGUAAUGAAAGGGAACCUUUUUCAUAGAAACAAAAUGCUUAUGAUUAAGCUAUAAAAGAGAGAAGGUUUCUCUGAUGUGAUAGACACACCAUAUUGCUUGUCUGGUCUAGUAAUUGUUUAAAGGUGCACUGCUCGAUAUUUUCUCUGUAUUGUACUUGAGAAGUCGAUUUAUUGUUGUACAUGAAGGUGAUGCACAAUUAAAUAAAAAGCACCUUCAUUAUUACCACAAAGUAUUCGUGGAGACGUGCAGAUUGUAGACUUGCUUUCACUUUUCCCAUGUUUUCCUCCACCAAAGAUCCUGCCAGGUUCUUUGCGUCUGUCUGUAUCUCCUCCAGCUAUAGUUUUUUUUUGCUUUUACACCGUUUGUCCUUUUCUGUGUGUAACUAAACUAAAGUCUUGCUGUAGCUCUGCCAACACUCACCAUCUCUGUUUUGAUGAAUUUAGAGACAAAAGCAGUAAGGUGUCAAGGACUGGAAGCCAGUGCCAGUGUUUCUUCUUUCUGCACUAGAGUAAAGACCAUGAUACAGCUGCCACGCUCCGAGAGAGCUCCACCUCUGUCAUGAUAUUUAUGUCGAAUGCCCACUUUUUGGAUGUACGUAAAAGGAGAGAAUGUACAAUAAUUGUACAGCAAAGUAUAUACACUCCAAUAUGCAUGUAUUUUGAGCGACAGCAGAACAGUGUAAUGUUGCUAAAUGACCAUGUGACUUUCUACUCUUGAAAAGAUUAAUAAACAUUUCUUCAGAUUAAA